AUGAAAUCAUCCAAUAAUAAUAAUGAUAAUAAUAAUUAUCUAUCAAAUUGUUUAAAAUCAUUAACAAAUGAAGAAAUAAUGGUAUAUAAUUUUCGUGCUUAUAUAUCACCAUUACUUGCAUUAAUUGGUAUACCAGCAAAUAUAUUUAUUAUUAUUAUAUUUAAUAUAUUAGAAAAACAACAAACAUGUCGUUUUAAUUUAUAUGCAAUAUGGAUGGCAUUAGCACAUUUAAUACAAUUAAUUGUGAAUACAUUUAUUGAUGAUUUUUUAGGACGUGGUUUAAAAUGGGCAACUAAUUGUUAUAUAUGGUAUCAAGUUGAUUCAUAUUCAUCAAUUACAUGUAAAUUAUUAACAUAUUUAUCUGAUGUCUCUGCAUUAAUUGCUGCAUUUAUACUUAUGUUAUUUAGUAUAGAUCGUGUAUAUUCAAUAUAUUAUACUAAACAAAUUGAACAAUUAUUACAAUUACGUAUAGCUAAAUUAUCUAUAUUUAUAAUUUAUAUUAUUUGUUUUUUAUUAAAUAUACCACAUUUAAUUUAUGCUGAUUUAAAAGAUGAUUCCAAUGAAAAAUCAAAUUGUCAAUAUAUUGAUCCAAUAGCAAAUGGUGUAAAAUAUGUAUUAUAUUUAUAUAUUAUUGGUGUUACUAUAUUACCGGCUAUAUUUAUUUUUAUUAUGAAUAUUUUAAUAUCAUAUAAAUUAAAAUCUACAAUAAAACAUUCAAAAUUAAAUGGUUAUUAUGAUAAACAAUCUUAUAGUGAAUUAAAUAAAGUAAUAACACAUUUAGCUAUAAGUAUUAUGUUUACAUGUUUAUCAAUUCCAUUAGUUACAAUAAUGAUAUUAAGACAAAAAGUACAUUUUAAUAAUUAUGAAUUAAUUUAUCCAAUUUAUGCAUAUAAAAUUAUACAAUUAUCAAAAUUAUUUAGUUCUAUUGAUUCAUUUAAUCAUACAUUUGAUUUUUUUUUAUAUUGGGCAUUUUUACCAAUAUUUAGACAAACAUUAUAUAAAAUAAUUACAAAUAUAUAUACAAAAUUAUUAUGUAAUUGUAAUAAAAAUAAAAUAAUUCAUCAUAAUCAUUAUCAUCAUCAACAUCAUAAUAUCAAUCGUAUGAAUAUUCGUACAAACAAUAAUAAUAAUAAUAAUAAUAUUAUACUAAAUAAUAAUGGUAAUCAUAGACUCAUCGAUAAUCAGAAUAACAAUAUUACUAAUACUACUACUACUAAUAAUAAUAAUAAUAAUGAUAAUAAUAAUAAUCAUUAUAACUUUGAUUUAUCUGACUUACCUUAUUACUCAUACUUGAACUUUCCUCUAGGAUAUUUCGAUUUUUCUCAUAGUAGAGGUCGUUGCUCUCCUCAUAAUCUUUACUAUUAUCAACAUUAUCGUACUCACCGUCAUUGUCGUCGUCAUUAUCAUCAUCAUCAUCAUCAUCAUUACCAGUAUCAUCAAUCUCACCAUCAAUAUUAUCAGAAAUGUCAACAAAAAUCUAAUCAAUUAGAAUAUAGCAAACAAUUAAGUUUUCACUGUAUGGAAGAAAUUCAUGAUAAACAUUUUCAAAAUAAACAACAAUAUCAGACAACAAUUUCUAGAUAAUCUUUUUAUUUUUCUGGUGUUAAUUAACAAAUAUAAAUACAGAUAUACACAUACAUCCUUCAUUUUUAUUUACUAUUACACAGAUUGUUUUCCUCAUUGUGACUAUAGUUCGUAGCAAUUAACUCUAUAUUGCCUAUACAUAGUAUAAUGAAUUGAUUUCAAAUUCUAUCAUACAUUAUAUAACAACUGUGAUUACUUCACUGUAUAUUCUAUCAUGGAUUAUAAGACUAAUCAGUACUCAUAUAUUUUAUGUCCUUAUCCAUUUAUUCAAAUUAAAAAAAAAAUCACCCAUAUUUAAAUUAGGUUUCAAUGUUAUCUUUAUUUAUUUCUUACUUACCUGUGAUGUAAUUAUCUUUUCAGUUAAGAUCAAUUUAAUUUUCUCAAAUUAUUAUUCAUAAAUAUCAGAAUGUUCAAUGUUUGAUUACAGUUUAUGUUUUUUUUUGUUGAUUUGAAAAGAAUCUAUUUCAAUAAUUAAGAUCAUAAGUCAGUUGAAGUUAUAAUAUUCAAAACUAAAACACAACCCAUAUGAGAAUCGAUUUGUUCUUACUUUUCACUUUUUUUUUUAAUUUUAAUAUUUUAAUAUUUAACAAUAUGAUGAACUAUUCUUACUGUUUUAAAGAUUUACCAUCUUUAUGAAAAUUACUUUUUUUCUUUUGUUUUCUCUAAUUAUCAUGUUGUUUUGUUUUUUCAUCUAAACAUUUAAAUAUAGAUUAAUUUAUUGAUUAUUUUUUUAUAAUAAUGUAAGUAUACAAUUGUUCCUUAUAUUGUUUGUUUUUUUUUUCUUUAAAAAUGGUGAUCAUAAUGCGUAUAGUUGUUAAAAUUUUCAAAGUAGUAUAUUAUAAUUACAAGUUAUUGAAAGUACUGAAGUAUAUGGAUGUUAUGUUCUUGAAUUUCGACAUAUAAAUAUAAUAUACUGAAAUAAAAUUGUUCACAGAUAUUUAGUUUAUUUUUGCGAAAAUUUAAUUUCCAUAGUACUUACUUACUUACUCCUGUUACUAUUCGUGAAGGAGCAUAGUUCACCUACCAACACUCUUCAUCCAACUCUAUCUUGGGCAAUCCAUUCCAGCUCUUUCCAGUUGUUAUGUGUUUUUUAGCCUUCCUCUUUUCAUCUUUCUUUCAGGAGUUCAAGUUAGAGUUUACCUCGUGAUGUUGUUUGAUAAUUUGCGUGAUGUAUAUCCUAUCCAUUUCAAUUGUGUUUUCCUAAUUUCCUUUUCAACUGGAAGCUGAUUUCUCUCUCACACAGAAAGCUGUUGCUGAUGGUAUUAGGCCAAUGGAUGAUGAGUAUCAAUUUCCACAGUACGUUAGUACUAAUUUGUAGCACAAUUAAACGUUUGAAAUGAAUAAAAUAGUUGUUUUUUUAAUAAUGUAUCAUCAGAAUUUUUCUACAACAAAAGAUUUUGAAACUUUCCAUUCAAGGAAAGAGCAUAUACUAUUAUCAUUCAAUUAAAAUUUCAUAAGUCACAAUUUUUAAUGAUUUAACAUUAGAAAAAAUGAUCAUGAUUGAUUGUUGUCGGUUCAUAUUUGCUUUAUAUUGAAAUCAAGUAAAUGUUAUUCUAAUAGUUGAGAUCAUGAGUCAAUUGAAUCUAAACCACCAUGGAAAAUCUAGAAGCCCUGGACGGCCGUUUCGUUCUACUGUGGGACUC